GCAGUCUAGGCUACAUGCAGCAACAGCAGCAGCGGCGGCGGCGCUCGCAGGGACUCAAUGGCGAAACUCAGGGUCUCCUAUGAGUACUCGGAGGCGGAGGACAAGAGCAUUCGACUCGGGCUUUUCCUCAUCGUUUGCGGCAUCCUGUCGCUGUUCAUUCUGUGCUUCUGCUGGCUCAGCCCCACCCUGCAGAGCUUGCAGAGCAAGCCGGCAAAUUGCACCGUGAUCUCCGUGCGUCGCCUGGACGAGUCUUUUGAGUGCGUUUUCACGUGUGGCACCGAUUGCAAAGGCACGUCGCAGUACCCGUGUCUCCAGAUCUUUGUGAAUAACUCUGAGUCCAAUUCCGUGGCUCUCUUGCACUACGACGAGCAACAGCUGGUGCUGAACCCAAAGUGUUCUUAUGUGCCCAAGUGUGAGAGGGACAACCAGAAGAUGAAAGACGACGUGCUGAAGCUGCAGAACUUCUGGAUAGAGGAGGGAAGCAACCAGUCAUUCACCUGCUUCUUCAACCCACAGAGGCGGCCGGACGACGUGCUGUGGAAGCACACCCACGACGCCAGCGUGCUGCUGCACUGCGUGCUGUGGCCCAUGGUGAGCCUGCUGGUGGGCACGCUCAUCGUGCUGCUGACCGUGUGCGCCCGCAGCCUGGCCGUGCGCGCCGAGGCCAUCCAGAAGAGGAAGUACUCCUAA